GUGGCUGGCAACUUCCGAGGUGGAAGGGCGCCCGCGAAGAAACUGUCCAGGAUGACAGCGGCAGCGAGGCUUUCAACUUCGGAAAGCGGGCGGCUCGUCCCCCACCCCAUGCUGAGGUUGAAAAGGUCGCCGAGGGAGGACUGUCUGCCCGAGUCCGGGGCGGGAUCCCCUCGGUGGUCGAAGGCAGCAUGGGGGAGAAGGAGGAGAAAGGCAUCUUGCGCUUUAUCCAGGAAGCCUUGGGUUACUUCGGCGAGCUGUUCGAGGCCGGAGUUGAGAUGGACCUGGUAAAAGUGGUUGGCAAACCGGGUGGCUUCAUGAGCUACUACUCUGUGGUCGUGUGUGUGGAGACCUUGGUCCAAAAGGGUGCCGGGUUCUACACGCCGAUCUCCCUGCUCUACGCAGUUGAUUUCUUUGCGAAAGCCUUCGCGUUUGGCACGGUGCAAAGGUUUGCCGGCGAUUGGGGGUCGAAGGACGAGUCCAUGGCUGACACCUACAUGAGGGAGGCUCAGUUGCUGGUGUUGAAGGCACAGGAGAUGUGUUUGCGCACCCUGCGCUCUGGCACUGUCUCCUGGACCUCGUUAGUGCGGGAAGAGCCGUAG